AUGUCGGCUGAUAACUUCGUCGCGCCCGGUCAGCAGCGCUACCUCCGCGCCUGCAUGGUCUGCUCAAUCGUCAUGACCUACUCUCGCUUCCGCGACGAAGGCUGCCCCAACUGCGAAGACUUCCUCCACAUGGCCGGCUCCCAGGACCAGAUCGAGAGCUGCACGUCCCAGGUCUUCGAGGGCCUCAUUACCCUCUCAAACCCGAAGCGCUCCUGGGUGGCAAAGUGGCAGCGCCUGGACAACUACGUGAGGGGCGUCUACGCGAUCAAGGUCUCGGGCCAGCUGCCCGACGAGAUUCGCAACACGCUCGAGGAGGAGUACAGGAUACACUAUAUUCCGCGCGACGGAACGGAGACGGAGGUUGAUGCUUGA